UCACAUUUUCAGCACUCAAUAUUACUCCUUCAUUCUUCAAAGUGUCUUCUCUCUCUAAAAGAAAGCUUUACUAUUUGUAUGGCAGCUAACUAUUUGCAGGUUUCCAGACUGGCGAGCUUCGGAAAGCGAUUGGUUGGCGGCCAGAUCCGUUCUCUCAUUCCUUCACUCUCCAUUAGGAGGAGUGUCCACGUGUCGGUGUACGAGAAGAACCCUGAGGAGCACAUCCGGGCGACUUUGGUCCCGGAUGAUGUAAUACCACCCCAGCCUGAGCAUUACUGGUCUCCUCACCCUCAGACUGGAGUGUUCGGCCCUGCAAAGGAUCACAAGCCAGCUCUUGGGGUCGAACGCGGGUUGCAUUCAAGAUCGGUUGCAGGCUCGGUGUUGGAGCAGAAAGCUUUCUUCCGCCCUCUAGAGGACCUUGAGAAGCCAAUCCAUCAUUGAGACCAAAAAGCAGCAACUUCUUCACUCCCCUAUAGUAGGUUAAUCAAGAUUUAUAUAAAGUGAAUUUAAAUAACUGAUUUGUUGUUGGUCAAUAUAUAUACAUAUAUACAUGUAUACUUGUGUGGCUGGGGGAGAAGUUGCUUGUAAUAAAAUGAUGUUACUAUGUUCUGUUAUGGAAAUAGUGGAUGUUGUUGUAGCUACAUCCCUUUAUUAUUGUUAUGAAAGAAGUUUAUUAUUUGUAUUUUA